AUGGACCCAGAGUGCUCCCGGCUCCUCCCUGCGCUCUGUGCCGUCCUGGCUGACCCCAGGCAGCCUGUGGCAGAUGACACUUGUUUGGAGAAGCUGCUGGACUGGUUUACAGCAGUAACCGAAGCAGGGUCCAGUCUCCUGUUACUACAGGAAAAUCCCUGCCUGGUAGAGCUGCUGUUCCACGUGCUGAAAUCCCAGGACCUAAGUUCCAGAAUCCUCUCCUUCUCACUCCGCCUCGCAGGAAUAUUUGCAGCCCAGGAAAACUGCUUCCAGUAUCUUCAGCAGGGGGAGCUGCUGCCCAUGCUCUUUGGGGAGGUGGGCCCCCUCGGAGGAACGUCCUGGACGGCCCCCACUGUGCGCAGCGGCUGGAUCCAGGGCCUGCACACCCUGGCACAGCAUCCUAGUGCCCUGCGCUUCCUUGCUGCCUGUGGUGCAGUUGACACCAUCUUCUCCCUGCAGGGAGAUCCCAGCCUGUUUGUGGCCUCGGCAGCCGGGCAGCUCCUGGUGCACAUUCUGGACUUGGCGAUGCGGGGCCCAGCCGAGGGCCACCGCAGUCCGCAGGCUUGUGACUGGCCAGCAUGUGCCCAGAAGAUCGUGGGUCACAUCGAAGACUCCCUGUGCUCCACAGCCAUCCCACAGGUCACACAGGCCCUGAGUGUCCUGACCACCGUGUUCGGGCACUGCCACGGCCUUUGGACGCAAGGCCUUUGGGUGCGGCUGAGCCCCUUCGUGGCCCGCCUGCUCGAGAAAGACCCUGUCCCAGCCUCACACUCGCUCGUGGAUUUCCUUCUCAGCGUGGCCCGUUCUGCGCCGAGCUCUGACCGUGGCCUGUGGGAGACUUUGGCCCAGACUCUGAGCCACUUGAGCCCCACACAGGCAGGGCCUCUGGCUUUCGGGAUCCUGAAACUGCAGGACUGUCCACAGGCACUGAGGACCCAGGCCUUUGGCAUCCUCCUCCAGCCGCUGGCCUGUGUCCUGGAAGCUGCUGCUCAGGCCCCUGGAGCCCUCGGUCUGCUGGGGGCGGCCGCGGGCGACUCGGUGGCGGUGGGCACGCUCCUCUCCUCCAGGCCGGCCUGUGUGGGGCUCCUGUGCUGCGCUCUGGCCCACCUGGGGCUGCUGCAGCCGCUGCCCCAGCGCCCCUCGCCCUGGCCGCAGGUGCCCCUGCUUGGGGCUGCGGUGACAAUACUGCGGCUCUGCAGUGGCUCAGCGGCCCCCACCUCUGAUGUGGGCGGCCGCCUCUGUGCGAUCCUGGUGGGCUGUGGCCGGGUCCAGCGAGCUGCCCUGGAUUUCCUGGGGGCGCUGUCUCAGGGGACUGGCCCUCAAGAGUUGGUGACGCAGGUGUUUUCCGUCCUCCUGGAGUACCUCGUGAGCCCCGAGUCCAGCUCCAUGGUUCUGAAGAAGGCGUUCCAGGCCACACUCGGGUGGCUUCUGCGCUCACCCAAGACCCCCGGCUGCUGCGACCUGGACCCCCACACCCAGCUGUUCCUCAGAGAGCUGCUUCCUGUGCUACAGAAGCGCCUGUGCAGCCCCUGCUGGGAGGUGAGGGACUCAGGCCUCGAGUUCCUGACCCAAAUGACCAGACACUGGGGAGGGCAGGCCGGCUUCAGACAAGCGCUCCUUGCUUCAGAGGUGCCCGAGCUCACCAAGCAGCUUCUGCGAGACCCUGAGAGUUACGUCCGCGCAAGCGCAGUGACCGCCACAGGGCAGUUGUCUAGCUGGGGGCUGUGUGCCACCCCUGCCAGCCCUGAGCGCCCAGGGGCUCAGCAGAGCCUGCUCGCGGAGCUUCUGCACAUCCUCUCCACAGACUCGGAGGGCUUCCCCCGGAGGGCCGUCAUGCAGGUCUUCACUGAGUGGCUGAGGGAUGGCCAUACUGAUGUAGCUGAAGACGCGGAGCGGUUUGUGGCUGGAGUGCUCCAGGCGGUGAGCAGGGACUUGGACUGGGAGGUGCGGGCCCAGGGCCUCGAGCUGGCGCUGGUGUUCCUGGAGCAGUUGCUGGGUCAGCGCGGCUCCCACUGUCCCUGUGCCGUGGCCCCGCCCGAGGCAGCCCCGCCUGGCCUGCUGGCCCACGCCCUGCAGGUGCUUGGCCGCGUGCAGCUCUUUGAGUUUGCCCUCCGCGCCUUGUUUGACUGUGACCGGCCCGUGGCCCAGAAGUCCUGUGAUCUUCUCCUGUUCCUGAGGGCCAAGGCUGCUCCCUGUGGCAGCCCGCGGGAGGCGGGGGACGGUCCCAACGUGGCCUCUGUGGGGGCCACCCUGCAGAAGUGGCAGGCAGGUGAGCAGGGUCAGCCCCUGGGGCUCCUGGAGCCCGCGGCCGUCGUAGCCCUGCUGAGGUCUAUAGACCUGGAGGGCCUUCGGGACACGCUGGCCGAGAGCAGUGACCACGUGGAGAAGAGCCCCCAGUCACUCUUGCAGGACAUGCUGGCUGCUGUGGGCGCCCUCGGGGAGAGUGGGGCCGACUGCUACUGA